UCGGCGGCCCAGGGGUCCAGAUGAGCUCCUGCGCCUCGCUCGGGGGCCCGGUGCCCCUGCCACCCCCGGGCCCGUCCGCCGCGCUGACACCGGGUGCCCCCACGCGGGCCCUGCAUGUGGAGCUGCCGUCUCAGCAGCGGCGUCUGCGUCAUCUCCGGAACAUUGCUGCUCGGAACAUUGUUAACAGAAAUGGCCAUCAGCUUCUGGAUACCUACUUCACUCUUCAUUUGUGUGAUAACGAGAAGAUCUGUAAAGAAUUUUAUAGGAGUGAAGUGAUUAAGAAUUCCUUGAAUCCAACGUGGAGGAGUCUUGACUUUGGAAUAAUGCCGGACCGUCUGGAUACAUCUGUGUCCUGCUUUGUGGUGAAGAUUUGGGGUGGAAAGGAAGAGGCCUAUCAGCUGUUGAUAGAGUGGAAAGUCUACUUGGAUGGGCUGAAGUACUUGGGUCAGCAGAUCCAUGCCCGCAACCAGAAUGAAAUCAUUUUUGGGCUGAACGAUGGCUACUACGGUGCUCCAUUUGAACACAAGGCUCAUCCAAAUGCACAGAAGAACCUCCUUCAGGUGGACCAGAACUGUGUUCGCAAUUCCUAUGAUGUGUUUUCUUUGCUGCGGCUUCAUAGAGCCCAGUGUGCAAUUAAACAGACUCAGGUAACUGUUCAGAGAAUUGGAAAGGAAAUUGAAGAAAAACUAAGACUCACAUCGACAAGCAAUGAGCUGAAAAAAGAAAGUGAAUGUCUGCGAUUAAAAAUUUUGGUGCUUCGAAAUGAACUGGAAAGACAGAAGAAAGCUCUGGGACGGGAGGUGGCCUUCCUGCAUAAGCAACAAAUGGCUCUACAAGACAAAGGAAGUGCAUUUGCCGCGGAGCACGCGAAGCUUCAGCUGCAGAAGGAAUCGCUGAGGGAGCUGAGGAAGGAGUGCACCGCCAAAAGAGAACUCUUUCUGAAGACAAACGCUCAGCUGACCAUCCGCUGCAGGCAGUUACUCUCGGAGCUGUCCUACAUUUACCCUAUUGAUCUGAAUGAGCAUAAGGAUUAUUUUGUAUGUGGUGUCAAGUUGCCUAAUUCCGAGGACUUCCAAGCAAAAGAUGAUGGAAGCAUUGCCGUCGCCCUUGGUUACACUGCACAUUUGGUCUCCAUGAUCUCCUUCUUCCUACAAGUACCCCUCAGAUAUCCCAUAAUUCAUAAGGGGUCCAGAUCAACCAUCAAAGAUAACAUCAACGACAAGCUGACAGAAAAGGAGAGAGAUGAAUCACUGCUGCUUGAACAUCCAGCACAUCACUGAGUAACGGGGAGAGAGAGGGCGUCUGUCUCUUCAAGCUCAGAGAAAGCUCCUGGCCCUGUGCCCUGGAGGACUCUGCCACUUCAGGAGGGUCUCUGCUGUGCUCAGAAAGUUCUUUGUUCUCCCAGUGUCUCUGCAAUGAAGGGACAGUAGAUCUCAUCAAGUGGAAUGAUCGAGGGGCUGCAUGCUUUCUGUUCUCCCCGUGGUGUAAACCCCAUUUGGCAUAGUCUAGAAUCCUAUUCACAGGAUUCACAGCGCUGAAUUUUAUUGACGGUUUUUAUACCUGUACUUGUAAGGCUGUCGUUUUCUAUUUGUUAUGUCUGUCUGGCUUUAGGACCAGGGCAGCCUGACCUCCUAAUGAGAAAGGGAUUGAUCCUCACUCAUGGUCAAGCCUUUAGGGGAGUUUAAGGGAUCCUGUUAACCCUUUCUUUAAUAUGUGUUUGAAUUCACCAACGAAGCAUCUAGCCUGGGACUUUUGUUUAGAGACGUCUAGAGGUCCCAGAUGUUUUUUCUCGUCCUGCUGCUGCCCCAGUGUUUCUGCAUCGCUCAGCUGUGUUUCUAGGUGUCGGCCUGGACCAUCCAGGUGGUCUGGCUUGCUGCUGCAAUUAAGUCCUCAUACUGUUUGCUGGUAAUCAGUCUUUCUGUCACGUCUCUGCCUCCGGUAUCUGGUGUAUCUUUGUAUCUGGUUUUACUGAUUUGCCAUAGCUUAAAGGUUUGUCAAUGUAGUCAGAUUUUUUAAAGAAAUAUCUGUUAGCUUCACUGAUUUUAUUGAUUUUGUUUACUUAACUUUGUAAACUGCAGUCUUUAUAAUAUCCUUAUUUGUUAGGUGUAUUAUUGUUGUUUUCUCAUCUUUUUCCAGUUUAUAUGAUAUAAAGUUACAUUGAGAUAUUUUAAUGACAGUAUUGGCAUCUAUAAAUUUCCACAUCUAUUUUUGAAUUCUGUGUUUUGUUUCAUUUGUCUCUGUAUUUUCUGAUUUCCCUGUGAUUUUUUUCACUAGCUCAUUGAUUAAAACAUGCCAUAUGGCUUUAUGUAUCUAUUUUAGAAUUUUUCAGUUUUCCUUCCAUAACUGUUUCAUCCCAUUGCAACCAGCUAUUUCUAUAAGUUCUUAAAUUGAUAUUUAUUUUGUGAGCUAUUUUGGAGAAUACCUCACAUGUUUUGAAGAAGAGCAUGCUUUCAAAUGCCUUACUUCCAUGUGUGUGUGUGCACACGUGUGCAUGUGGUGUACAUGCGAAGGUCAGCGAGCAUCUGUUGAGUCUGAUUGCAACAGUGUCCUCCCAGCCACUGUAUGAUUAGUCAGUCACCUUGUGUCUGGAUGCCCUGGACGUUACUGAAACCUUUAAAGUACGACUGUCUUCAUCUCUUCUCAGUUCCGAUGUCGUUGCUUCAUGGGUUUGGAUUGUUGCAGUACACUGCAUGUAUUUAGUACACUGCAUGUAUUUAGUACACUGCAUGUAUUUAGUACACUGCAUGUAUUUAGUACACUGCAUGUAUUUAGUACACUGCAUGUAUUUAGUACACUGCAUGUAUUUAUUGUCCUUGCUUCAUGCGUCUUGGAUUGUGCAGUACACUGCAUGUAUCCAGGUGUAUUCACCUCUGUGGGUUCACUCUUACUAGUAUAUAAUGACCUGCCUCCUCACUUAGAACAUUAUUUUACUCAGAGAUCAUUUUUUUUGUCCUUAAUUCAAUAACUCUUAGUUCUCUUUUAGUUAUUAUCUAUCCAGAAUAUCUUUCCAGUUUUUAAUGACAUUUAUUUUUGUGGGCACUGGGGCAAAUGCCAUGGCAUGCAUAUGAACAUCAAAGGAAAUUUUAAUUUUUAAAAAAUCUUUAUGUCUGUGUAGCAUGUACAUGCAGUAGUGGGGGAGGCCAGAAGACCGUGUCUGGUCCCCUUGGACUGAAGUUACAGAGAGUUUCAAGCUUUCAUGUGGGUGCUAAGAGUUGAACUCAGGACCUCUGGAAGAGCAGCCAGUGCUCUUAACCACUGAGCCAUCUCUCCAGAACCCAAAAGGACAUUUUUUUUUCUUUUUUCUUUUUUUCGGAGCUGGGGACCGAACCCAGGGCCUUGCACUUGCUAGGAAAGUACUCUAUCACUGAGCUAAAUCCCCAACCCCCCAAAGGACAUUUUUUAAAAAUAUUUCAAUUCUUUCCUUUUAUCUUGGGAGGUUGGGGUCCCAGGGAUGGAACUCAGGUUGUCAGGCUUGUGAGCAUGUGCCCUUAUUCACCAAGGCAUCUCUUUGGCCUCCUCUUUUUCAUUUUGACCCUGUUAGAGUCUUUGUUUUGCUUUUGAAGACCCUCAGUCCAGAAGGCACAGGUCAGAGUAUCAGAAGUUCAGGCUCAUCAUUGGCUAAGCAGAGUUUGCGGCCAGUCUGGGACACAGAAGAACUUUAUGUCCUCACAUAUUUCAUCUUAUACAGCAGUUGCCACUUGUGCACUGGGCCUCCAGCACACCGCGACACUCCGAUGCAUCACAUGCCCGGAAAGUCACCCAGGUUUUUUUCCCAAGUGGCAGUGCACAGUUUGCUUGCCUCACAACUUGACCAGUGUUAACUGCUCUCCAGCACUGAGUUCUCAUAGGGUCUUCAUCCUACAGGCAGCCACUAGACAAGUUGCAAUGGUUAGGCUUUUGUAGGAUGAGAUCUGCUUGCUCCCUUAAGAAGCAACCACAAGUUCACACUGGGAGCGCAGGCUGCUGUCUCCAGGCACUGAGCUGAACUGGAGAGAUCAGAUCCAGGGCACUGGAGCUCUCCUCACGUUUCCUUCUUGACCUGAUGGCGAUGCUCAGUUGGCUGAUGGAAACCUUUGACUAUUUCCCAGUUUUGUUUUGUUUUUUUUACGUUUCUAGAGGAUCAGGCCCUUAGAGUGAUCAUCUCCACUGUUUUCUCUGACAUUGUUCAGUUAGUGAUGAAAAAUGUCACCUGUAAGAGAUGAAAGGACUCUGCAUGGUAUUAAACAGGAGAGACGGCCACGGCCAGACAAGUACUGGGGAAAAGAGUACCUUCAGAUCUUAAUUUUUCUACAUUUAUGUAUGUAUGUAUGUAUGUAUGUAUGUAUGUAUGUAUGUAUGUAUGUAUGUUUGUGCACAAGCGCAUGUCUGUGUAGCCUGCGUGUGUGGGAAGUUACACCUAACACACAAGCCUGCAUGCCAUGAUAUACAUGCGAAGGUCAGAGAACAGUGUGGGAGUUGGUUCUGUCCUGCAGGGUCCUGGGUCAGCUUCUGGUCUGGGUUUAGCAGUGGGCAGGUCUACAUGCAAAGCCACCUCACAGUCCUCACUCCCUGAAGGUGGCCUCCUCUACCCCUCAGCCUCUUGUGUUCCAUGUUUUCAGGAGUAAAUGUCCCUCCAGGUCAUCAGGUUGCUACAUAAUAAUCUGACUUUAGAUGUGAGUUAUAUGGGAAAUUGUUUUAGAAGCUAGAAAAAGGGCUGUCUCUUAGAAUGUUAAGUAUUCUUUAGAUCAACUUUAUAAUUUGCGAAGUCGGCUGAAUAUAUGAGCAGUUCAAGAGUGCGUGCCGGCUGCCUGGGCUUCGGCUGACUGUUUACAGCUUUAGUUUGUCAAGAAUAAAUCAUUUUGUUUUCUACCGCUUUGCCUUUUUUCUGAAACCCAUGUGUCUUGCUGACUAAAUGUAUGUAUUUUGACGUUUUAACAUCAGUGAAGGUGAAGUGCAUCUUGUAAUUAUUAGUAUGUUGUAGUAUGCCGUCAUCCUGGCAUUAACGGUGCAUUUCAGAAUCAAUGUUUUACAUUUGGGGAACUAUUAAACAUUCAGGCUGAUUUUAUGAAAUUCUAGAAAUCCUUCAGUUCCUUUUUGGAAUAGCAUGAAGUAGAAAUAUAUAAGUAGAGAUAAAUUUAUUGAUUAUGCUUAUGAUUGAGUCAACCUGUCAGUUGAUAGUUAUUCUAUCCAAGAAACAGAGAGCAGGUUAGACACGGUUUGCUUCUCUCCUGAGUUUUUGGUUUGGUAUGAACCUUUCCGGAGCAUUAAAUGGAAUGAGGCCUUCAUGGGAGGUGGAAAAUAAGAGAUGAAUGACUCACUGGACAGAUUGUAGUUAAUGCACCAGAGGCCUGGGAUUCUCUCAGCCACUGCCCUGUGUGGUUGUGUGCCUCUGCAGGCUGUUGCGUGUGACGUAACAGAGGUCAGAACUCAUCAUGCAGGUUGCAAGAAGGGGAAUCAUGCUUUCGUCUGUCUGACCAGUUAGAAGCAUAGUUCUGGGGCUCUGUCUUGCUCACAUCAGGCUGUCCACUGCGCAGCAUAAGGGAAAACUCUGAGGUCUUGGCCGCAGGUCCCUGUAAGACUUCACCACCAAACUGGAAGGGCUGGUCAUGGAAGUCCAGCUACAGCGUGUAUCUUGCUUCCCUCAGUGAAGACGAGCAUGCAGAUUCUCAAAGUGGUUUUGAAAGAAAAUGGAUUGUUGAUUGCUUUGCUGCUUUCGCUGUCUGGAGGAUGACAGACAUACUUGGGACAGAGACUGGGAUGUCUCUGGCUGGGCUGGGCCCCACAGGCCAGAGUAGAGGAUUUUCAAGCCCUCAAAGAUG